AUGACGGAGCAGGAGGUGUGUAUGCCAGGAACCAUCGUGGCAGCCACAGUGACGCAGACCUCUGUAGGAACUAUCGUGGCAGCCACAGUGACGCAGACCUCUGUAGGAACUAUCGUGGCAGCCACAGUGACGCAGACACCUGAGGGAACCAUCGUGGCAGCCACAGUGACGCAAACCUCUGAGGGAACCAUCGUGGCAGCCACAGUGACGCAAACCUCUGAGGGAACCAUCGUGGCAGCCACAGUGACGCAGACACCUGAGGGAACCAUCGUGACAGCCACAGUGACGCAGACACCUGAGGGAACCAUCGUGACAGCCACAGUGACGCAGACACCUGAGGGAACCAUCGUGACAGCCACAGUGACGCAGACCUCUGAGGGAACCAUCGUGGCAGCCACAGUGACGCAGACCUCUGAGGGAACCAUCGUGGCAGCCACAGUGACGCAAACAUCUGAGGGAACCAUCGUGGCAGCCACAAUGACGCAGACCUCUGAGGGAACCAUCGUGGCAGCCACAGUGACGCAGACCUCUGAGGGAACCAUCGUGGCAGCCACAGUGACGCAGACAUCUGAGAGAACCAUCGUGGCAGCCACAGUGACGCAGACAUCUGAGAGAACCAUCGUGGCAGCCACAGUGACGCAGACAUCUGAGAGAACCAUCGUGGCAGCCACAGUGACGCAGACAUCUGAGAGAACCAUCGUGGCAGCCACAGUGACGCAGACAUCUGAUGGAACCAUCGUGGCAGCCACAGUGACGCAGACAUCUGAUGGAACCAUCGUGGCAGCCACAGUGACGCAGACAUCUGAGGGAACCAUCGUGGCAGCCACAGUGACGCAGACAUCUGAGGGAACCAUCGUGGCAGCCACAGUGACGCAGACAUCUGAGGGAACCAUCGUGGCAGCCACAGUGACGCAGACAUUUGAGGGAACCAUCGUGGCAGCCACAGUGACGCAGACAUCUGAGGGAACCAUCGUGGCAGCCACAGUGACGCAGACAUCUGAGGGAACCAUCGUGGCAGCCACAGUGACGCAGGCAUCUGAGGGAACCAUCGUGGCAGCCACAGUGACGCAGACAUCUGAGGGAACCACCGUGGCAGCCACAGUGACGCAAACAUCUGAGGGAACCACCGUGGCAGCCACAGUGACGCAGACAUCUGAGGGAACCAUCGUGGCAGCCACAGUGACGCAGACAUCUGAGGGAACCAUCGUGGCAGCCACAGUGACGCAGACAUCUGAGGGAACCAUCGUGGCAGCCACAGUGACGCAAACAUCUGAGGGAACCAUCGUGGCAGCCACAGUGACGCAAACAUCUGAGGGAACCAUCGUGGCAGCCACAGUGACGCAGACAUCUGAGGGAACCAUCGUGACAGCCACAGUGACGCAGACAUCUGAGGGAACCAUCGUGGCAGCCACAGUGACGCAAACAUCUGAGAGAACCAUCGUGGCAGCCACAGUGACGCAGACAUCUGAGGGAACCAUCGUGGCAGCCACAGUGACGCAGACAUCUGAGGGAACCAUCGUGACAGCCACAGUGACGCAGACAUCUGAGGGAACCAUCGUGGCAGCCACAGUGACGCAAACAUCUGAGAGAACCAUCGUGGCAGCCACAGUGACGCAGACAUCUGAGGGAACCAUCGUGGCAGCCACAGUGACGCAGACAUCUGAGGGAACCAUCGUGGCAGCCACAGUGACGCAGACAUCUGAGGGAACCAUCGUGACAGCCACAGUGACGCAGACAUCUGAGAGAACCAUCGUGGCAGCCACAGUGACGCAAACAUCUGAGGGAACCAUCGUGACAGCCACAGUGACGCAGACAUCUGAGAGAACCAUCGUGACAGCCACAGUGACGCAGACAUCUGAGAGAACCAUCGUGACAGCCACAGUGACGCAGACAUCUGAGGGAACCAUCGUGGCAGCCACAGUGACGCAAACAUCUGAGAGAACCAUCGUGGCAGCCACAGUGACGCAGACAUCUGAGGAAACCAUCGUGGCAGCCACAGUGACGCAAACAUCUGAGAGAACCAUCGUGGCAGCCACAGUGACGCAGACACCUGAGGGAACCAUCGUGGCAGCCACAGUGACGCAGACUUCUGAUGGAACUAUGCAUAACAGUUUCUUUCAUGGCAAUUAUAUAAUAAAUCAGUAA